CGUCGCCAUCUGGAUCCUGGUAACUCUGCUCACCGGCGCCAGAUUAGCGCAGUCGCGCUUCAGCGAGCUCGUCCUGAGGCCGCACAGCAGCCGCCGCUCCGGCGCAGGCCGCCGACCUGGCCUCCUCCACCACCCCCAACCUCCCUGCAUCGCGCGUGCUCCCUCCCACUAUCGUAUAACCAGCGAGCUACUUGGACAAUGUCCUCCACCCAGUCGCGCCCAAGGUGUUCGGCUCAAUGACGCGCCGGGCAGCGGCCUCACUUAACAAGUCGCUCACUGGGUUCCUUGCGCACGAAGAUCCGGAGAAGCUCCUGUCGCUCUUUGCAGCCAAGGUCAGGCAGUGCAGGGGCCUUGGCUCUGUUGACUUCGCGUGCGCCUUGCGCGAGUGCAGGGGCAGCGUCAAGCACUGGCCGCUUGUUCCGGUGAUCCACGCGAAGGCGAUCACAUGCGGGCUCGGGGAAGACCGGAUCGCUGGCAACCUGCUGAUUGAUUUGUACGCGAAAAAAGGGCUUGUGCAGCGGGCGAGGCGUGUAUUUGAGCAGCUAUCUGCCAGGGACAAUGUUUCUUGGGUUGCCAUGUUGUCAGGGUAUGCACGGAAUGGUCUUGGAGAAGAAGCUGUUGGGCUAUACCACCAGAUGCAUUGCUCCGGGGUUGUUCCUACGCCUUACGUUCUGUCUAGUGUACUCAGUGCUUGCACUAAAGCUGCACUUUUUGAGCAAGGGCGGUUGGUUCAUGCCCAAGUUUACAAGCAAGGGUCGUGCUCUGAAACUGUUGUCGGGAAUGCGCUUAUUGCGCUGUACUUGCGGUUCGGAUCCUUAAGCCUGGCGGAAAGAGUAUUUUCUGAAAUGCCGUACUGCGAUAGAGUAACGUUCAAUACGCUGAUCUCGCAGCGUGCUCAGUGUGGAAAUGGUGAGAGUGCUUUGGAGAUAUUUGAGGAGAUGCGCUUGUCAGGCUGGACACCUGAUUGUGUUACCAUUGCUAGUCUUCUUGCAGCUUGUGCCUCUAUUGGGGAUCUGAAUAAAGGCAAGCAGCUUCAUUCUUAUUUGCUAAAAGCAGGCAUGUCUCCAGAUUACAUAAUUGAAGGUUCGCUUCUUGAUCUCUAUGUGAAAUGUGGAGUUAUUGUGGAAGCCCUCGAGAUCUUCAAAUCGGGUGAUAGGACAAAUGUAGUGCUAUGGAAUUUGAUGCUUGUUGCAUAUGGGCAGAUUAGUGAUCUAGCAAAAUCUUUUGACCUUUUUUGUCAAAUGGUAGCUGCAGGGGUACGCCCUAACGAAUUCACAUACCCAUGCUUGUUAAGGACUUGCACUUAUGCUGGAGAAAUUAACCUUGGAGAGCAGAUUCAUUUACUAAGCAUAAAGACGGGCUUUGAAUCUGAUAUGUAUGUCAGUGGUGUACUGAUAGAUAUGUAUUCUAAAUACGGGUGGCUUGAUAAAGCUCGAAGAAUUCUUGAAGUUCUUGAAGCAAAAGAUGUGGUCUCCUGGACAUCGAUGAUUGCUGGAUACGUGCAACAUGAGUUUUGCAAAGAGGCCCUUGAAACAUUCAAAGAUAUGCAGCUAUUUGGAAUUUGGCCUGAUAACAUAGGGCUAGCAAGUGCUAUAAGUGCUUGUGCUGGAAUGAAAGCAAUGCGUCAGGGUCAGCAGAUUCAUUCUCGGGUUUACGUGUCUGGUUAUUCAGCAGAUGUUUCGAUUUGGAAUGCGUUGGUAAACCUUUAUGCACGAUGUGGAAGAAGCAAAGAAGCCUUCUCUUUAUUUGAGGCAAUUGAACAUAAAGACAAGAUAACAUGGAAUGGAAUGGUAUCUGGUUUUGCUCAGAGUGGUCUAUAUGAAGAGGCCCUUGAGGUAUUUAUUAAGAUGUAUCAAGCAGGUGUCAAGUAUAACGUGUUCACCUUUGUAUCCUCUAUUAGUGCAUCAGCUAACCUUGCAGAUAUAAAACAAGGAAAGCAAAUACAUGCUACAGUUAUUAAAACAGGUUGCACCUCUGAAACUGAAGUUGCCAAUGCGUUGAUUUCACUGUAUGGGAAAUGUGGCAGCAUUGAAGAUGCCAAGAUGCAGUUCUUUGAAAUGUCCGAAAGGAACCAUGUGUCAUGGAAUACUAUUAUUACAAGUUGCUCACAACAUGGAUGGGGCCUAGAGGCUUUGGAUCUAUUUGAUCAAAUGAAGCAAGAAGGUCUAAAACCAAAUGAUGUGACCUUUAUAGGCGUUUUAGCUGCUUGCAGUCAUGUGGGUCUGGUAGAGGAAGGUCUUGGUUACUUCAAAUCCAUGUCUAGUGAGCAUGGAAUCCAUCCAAGGCCUGAUCAUUAUGCUUGUGUUGUAGAUAUUCUUGGACGAGCUGGGCAACUUGACCGGGCUAGGAAAUUCGUCGAGGAAAUGCCCGUAUCUGCUAAUGCAAUGGUUUGGAGAACCCUUCUCAGUGCUUGUAGAGUACACAAAAACAUCGAAAUUGGAGAGCUUGCAGCCAAAUAUCUACUGGAGUUAGAGCCUCAUGAUUCAGCAUCAUAUGUCCUUCUUUCAAAUGCAUAUGCUGUUACUGGGAAAUGGGCUUGCAGGGAUCACGUCAGAAAGAUGAUGAAAGACAGAGGAGUCAGAAAAGAACCCGGCCGUAGCUGGAUUGAAGUAAAGAAUGUGGUUCAUGCUUUCUUUGUUGGUGAUCGGUUGCACCCAUUGGCUCAUCAGAUUUACAAGUAUUUGGCUGACCUAGACGACAGGUUAGCCAAAAUAGGGUACAUACAAGGGAACUAUUUUCUUUUCCAUGAAAAAGAGAAAGAACAAAAGGACCCCACAGCUUUUGUCCAUAGCGAGAAGUUAGCUGUGGCCUUUGGAUUGAUGAGUUUGCCUCCUUCUAUGCCCCUUAGAGUCAUUAAGAAUCUCCGUGUCUGCAAUGAUUGCCACACUUGGAUGAAGUUUACCUCUGAAGUCAUGGGAAGAGAAAUUGUAUUGCGAGAUGUGUACAGAUUUCACCAUUUUAACAAUGGCAAUUGUUCAUGUGGAGACUUCUGGUGAAGUGUGUUGAAGUUAAGUUCUUGAAGUGCUCCUCCUGAAGUCCCCUAUGUUUCCAUUUGUGAUCAUCAAGGUGUUGGCCUGUCAUGCAGAUAUCUAAAUUUCGAAGCAGGCACGAUCAGCAUCACAAAACAGUACAGGCUCCACUUGGUUUGUGCGGGAAGCAACAGUACAAGUCCCAUCUCACCUUCGAUUUCCCAGGGCAAUAUGCACUAUUUACAUUUUCUGUCAAAAACUGAUGGGUCUUCUCCUUGAGGUCCAUAUGCUACCAGCCGAUGAUGCUGCCUUUCACGUUCUCGUCCUCCCCAAAUCCGUCAAUGUCCCCGGCGCUGCGCUUGUUUUCCCUAGAUUGAUCUAAUUCCUGACUUUAUCCACGAUGACGCCCCUAUUAACUGCUGCGAUUGAAAUGCAACAUAUAUAACUGAGGACAACCACGGCGCCGCCAUCGCAGUAGCAGCUGUUUCAGUUGCGGGACUCGGCCCAGCCACAGCGAAUGCAGAGUGCCUGCAGCAGGUGGAAGCCAAGCCGGCGCCAUACGUCCUAUAGAAGGUUUCUCCCGCCGCACCCCAGAAGAGCUUCAUCUCUUUCUCCUUGUGUUCGCCGGUGGCGGCCGAAUGAGCUACUCCGACAAGCCUCCCACCGCAUCUACGCCAGACCAGUUCGUUCCCCGCCGCGUCGACGAGUCUGACUGGCCCAAAGCCCCAAACACUAGCCGAAUUGGGCCUCAAGCCUCCUCGCCGGGCUGCCAGCCCGUCCGGCCGAACUCUCCUGGCUCCACCGGAGAAGCUGGCAACUGGCAUUGAUGGGGAGAAGCUGGCAUCUAGAAGUUGAGGUAGUCAGGUGAGUUCCGAACGGGGCCUUUGUUCUUAACUCGCCAUUUGAAGAAGACUGGGUUAGCUACUUUUCCAUUUGACCAUGAAGUCAAUUUCCUGUGUGAAUUGUGCAUAUCUUGUUUAAAAUAUGAAGCAUGCUGCUUGUCGGUACUAAAACAAAGUAUCAUGGAUGAAUCCAUGAUACUAUGGAUGAAUAGGAGUGGCAGAUGCAGCUUAAAUCUGGAGCUGGUAACUUUGAACAAAAUUCUGAAAGAAUUUCAAGGUCACACACAAGAAGAUUGUGUAAACCAAGAACACAUAUUAAGAAUGAUGUGCUGAUAGAAUGGCCAGUAAGGUGAAUGUCCAUACAAAAACAUUUGUGAGUUCCUUAUCAAGAAAUCUCCAGUAACAUAACAAGUGAAGACAAUUUUUGAGCCGAGUACCUCCUAGAAGAUGAACCAUAGCCUAUACACUUGACCUGCUAGCUGCUACCACAGAUUUCUUCAGAAAAGUACUCUCCAUUGAAGCCACAUUUUCACUUUGCAACUUCAGCUAUGACACAUGCACAUUUAUAGAAAACAAACUACGAAUAUGAUUCUGCCCACAGCAGGCAGGGAAUGAUACAUAUAAUCUCUGCCCUUUUUUUCUCAGGAUCAACUAAUCCACAAUAGGUACUAAGAACAACACAGGUGGCAGGUAGCUAGCAGAGUAUAAAUGCUUAAAUGUGCAUGGUACUACUCGAUGAGCUGACUUCCAUUGACACGGAAGGUGCUGGUAUAAUUCCCGAUUGAUGUUCCCUCUUAUUUUUGUCCAGAAGUUCUCGUGCUUCAUUCACUAGGGAAGCGAGAGUGCCAAAUUCCUUCAUUGCAAGACGAUCAGCACUAGCGAAAAUCAUGAAGCCCUCAAGUGCUAACAUAUCAUCUGAAGCACUAGACAGAGACUCUAUCAAGCUGUCAAACCUGUCCAGUUUUUCUUUGAAGUACCAGCCUCCAUGCUGCAUCAUUGAUAUUACCAUCUUGCUGAUAAUCUUCAUUAUCAUCAGGCAAUUAGCUGUGGGCUUACUGUUUAUUUUAACCAUCUCCCUGAGCUUCCCAACAAAGCUAAAUGCAGCAUAUUCUGAGACAAUUGCUUUGAUCAGCGGAGUUAAUCAUGACCUUUGUCACUGAUCAAUUUAUCAAAUAUUGUCGCGCAAAGAGAUAAUAAAGUUACGUGCAAUUUCCUGUC